GCAAUGUGAUGAUGUCACUACGUUGCGACGCUCAAUCGAAUGACACGUACAGUUAGUAAACAAGGAUAGAUAGAAAGUUGUCGAAGGAAAUAAAAGACAAGGAAUAAAGCUAGCUGGCUAACUACUGUGCCAAAUCUGCCAAGAUCUCAGAAACCUGUCUCAAUAUGAACGUGUUUGACCGCAGCAUCAAAUUGGAUGUUCUCCUCAAGUUCUCCCAAAUUUCCCAAUCUACCCAGUUACACCUGAAGAAUGUCUACUCCAGUUUGGCAGUUUGCAUGUUCGUGGCUGCAGCAGGCUCCUACGUCCAUGUUGUCACACGGAUCUUUCAGGGUGGGUUGCUGACUCUUCUGGGUUCCCUGGGCAUGGUGGUUUGGUUGUCCAUGACACCACACAACCCAGAGACCGAGAAGAAGAGACUGGCUAUCCUUGCAGGGUUUGCUUUCUUCACAGGUGUUGGUCUUGGACCAGCAAUGGACUUUGUCAUCAUCAUUAACCCAAGCAUCAUUGUGACAGCCUUCCUUGGAACCUCAAUCAUCUUUGUCUGCUUCACUCUCAGUGCCCUGUAUGCCAAGCGCAGGAGCUUCCUCUUCCUAGGAGGUAUUCUGAUGUCUGGCUUGUCUGUCUUGUUCCUGGUGUCUGUGGUGAACAUGUUCUUUGGAUCAGCGAUACUCUUCAAGGCUCACAUGUACCUGGGUCUGGUCAUUAUGUGUGGCUUUGUUCUGUUCGACACUCAGCUCAUCAUUGAGAAAGCAGAGAACGGAGACAAGGACUACAUCUGGCAUUGCGUGGACCUGUUCCUCGACUUUGUGACCAUUUUCAGAAAACUCAUGAUUCUCCUUGCCAUGAAUGAGAAGGACAAGAAGAAAGAAAAGAAGUAGAUUAAAUAAAUCCAGUUGAAGUUUCAAAUGAAAAACGAUCUGUGACAAGGAACAGAACCAGCAACAAAGCCUCUGUCUGCAGUGCUGUUGGUGCUUUCACUAUUUGUCAUUCUUGGUACUUUUUGUCCAUUGAUUUGAGCUUGCAAGAGGUUAUAAGGUUGUAUUUUAGGCUACUGCUGCAGUGAGAAUGCUUGUCCUGUAGGGGGAGUGGUUGUUCUAUGAAGAUCUACAUAACAGAACUGAACUCUUUGUGCCAUUAAAAAUAAAAAUAAAAUAAAAAACAUUUUUUCAGAA